CUCUCUCUCUCUCUCUCUCUCUCACUUUUAGAAAUUUGUAAAAGCAGAUUCCGCUGGGGUCAAUGGCGAUCAACCGGAGCAACAUGAUAGCCCGAAUCGUACGGCUGAAACAAGUGGUGAAGCGGUGGAGAAACAAGGCCGCCGUGAAGGGAUCCGAGGAGUCCGGCGCCCGGAACCGCCGCAUCCGGUCCGGUUCACUGGCGGUCUACGUGGGGCACGAGCGGCGCCGGUUCGUGAUCCCGACCCGGUUCCUCAACCUCCCCGCCUUCAUCUCGCUGCUUGAGAAGGCGGAGGAGGAGUUCGGGUUCCAGAGCGCCGGCGGGCUGGUUUUGCCGUGUGAACCGGGUUUUUUUCAAGGAAUGCUGAGGCUGCUCCAGAGAGACGAGGACCGGUUCGGGUGUAUGGGUUUGGAUGAGAUCUUGAAGAUGAUAUCUGAACCGUUGGAUCAUUCCUGUAGAGAGGCGGCUUCCCUUGUCAUUUCUCCCCUGCUACAGAAGACCCGUGUUUGACCUUCUCUUAUCUCUAACAGUUAGCAAUGCCCGGUUCAUGUUUAGCCGGCCGGCCGGUUUAGCGCCUAGGGUAAUUUUUACCAUCCUUUGAACACAGUCUUCAAAUCAAUGUAUUCUGCUGGGUUCUAUAGAGAUGUGGUUAAUUUUUAUCUUCUUUUUUUUUUUUUUUUACAGUGGUGCUUAUUUUUAGGUAUUCUAACCCACUGUAAAAAGGUUAAUCCCUUUCUUUUUUAUUGGAUGAAAAUUGAAAUUGACUCCUUUUGGUAUUGUAACAAAGUUUGAUGAUGAUGAUGAUGUUGAUUUCUGGUUUAA